GAACGAACUGUUUGGCAAUAAUCUCCCGGAAAAUUACGGGUUGUACAGAAGUCGUUAAAAGUUGAAAAAGAAAAUGGCAAAAGAAAAUGUUGAUUAUCAUAAACAGCAAAUCGAUUUAGAACAGCAGGAAUUAGAGUCUGCAGGAGGAGUGGCAUCCCCUCAAGUAUAUAAUCAGCUGUUAGCCUUGUACCUUCUUCAUAACGACAUGUGCAAUGCAAAAUUUCUCUGGAAAAGAAUACCCCAAUCAGUGAAGAGUUCCACACCCGAGACAGCUCAGAUUUGGGCUGUGGGUCAGAAACUAUGGUUACGGGAUUACCCAGCGAUCUAUGAAGCAUUAAAGAAAGAGUGGUCAGAAAAUGUCCAACAAAUAAUGGAAUCAGUAAAAGCUGCAACUAGAGAAAGAGCGAUGACGUUAGUAUCUAAAGCUUACAGCUCAAUCAACGCGGAGGAGUGGGCUGUAUUUAUGGGAAUGUCUACAAACGAGGCUAUAGAGGCUGCAACACAAGAGGGCUGGACGUAUGAUUCUGCCACUAAGUAUAUAAAACCUAAAAAACCAGUGUCUGUCAAAGACCCAGAACUUUUAAGUGAACAGCAGCUGUCGGUACUAACAGACUAUGUGUCCUUCCUUGAGGCGUGACAGUGACUGAGUGGGCCAGCACUUGAGGGUGCUUCCGCGGCAGUAGUAAAAAACAAUACUCGUAAAUUUGCUUCAUCAACAACAGAGUAGCUUGGAGAUUUACAGCCAGAGUUCCACAUUGUUGACAGUGCAUACGUGAACACUUCAUACACUGCAAGUUUUGAAGAAAUGAGUUACAUGUAUAAAAAUGUGAUUUAUGUAAAUAUGUACUGACAGUGUGUAAGUUCCUUGUUAAACAAACUUAUUAAAGGACACAUCACAUGUU